AUGUCUUCCACAGUCUCAAAUCAGGAGAUUGACAAUGCAUCGACCACGGUCGACGCGCCGCGCUACAGUCGCGUGCUGUCUAUCUGGCGAUCAAUUCCUUUUCAGAUCGCCGUCUGUAGUGGUGUCUCGUUCACGGCACCCGGUAUGUGGGAUGCGAUGAACAACCUGGGUGCUGGUGGUGCUGCGGAGCCCUAUGCGGUGUCUGCGGCGAAUGCUCUUGUCUAUGGCUUGUUCGCUGUUGUGUGUGUUGCGGCUGGUGCUAUCAACAACCGCAUUGGUCUUCGCUAUGGCUUGGUCAUUGGCGCGAUUGGCUACCCCAUCUAUGGUGCUGGUCUCUACACCAACAACUACCACCCCACGACCUGGUUCAUGCUCUUCGGCAGCGCGCUGUGCGGUAUCUCAGCUGGAUUUUUCUGGGCCGCAGAGGCUGCUAUCAUUAUUGGAUACCCUAGCCCUUCGGAUCGGGCUUUCUAUCUCGCUAUUUGGCAAACAGCUAAGGCCCUUGGACCUAUUGUUGGUGGCGCGAUCAGUCUCGGUCUGAAUGCCCAGGCUUCAUCACAGGGCACGAUCAGCCAAGGCACCUACAUUGUCUUCAUCGUCAUCAUGUGCCUCGGUCUGCCAGCCGCGUUGUGCCUGAGCCCUGCCGAGAAGGUGCAGCGCAAAGAUCGCACGUUGGUUGUGGUUCACAAGAAGGAGACCUGGUCUGCCGAAUUCAAAGCUGCCUUCAAGUUGAUUGCUACACGCCGUGUGCUCCUACUCCUUCCCUCUUUCUUCAUCAGCUACUUCUACAAUGGUUUCCUCAGCACUUGGUUGACCGACUACUUCACCGUCCGUGCUCGCGCCUUCUCAUCCUUCUUCACCAACUUCGCUGGUAUCUUCUCUUCAUUCUUGAUUGCCAGCCUGCUUGAUCGGCAAUCCAUUUUCAUCAAGACUCGCGCACGGAUCGCGUUCUUGACCAUCGUCUUCAUUCUUACCGGAACCUGGAUCUGGGCUACGGUUUUGCAAUACCAGUUCUACUACGAAUAUCCCGAAUCCCCCGUCUUUGACUGGUUCAAGGGCGGUUUCGGCAAGUCAUACGCCUUGGUCUUCUUCUGGACCUUUGGCGGCCAAGCAUUUCAACAAUUCCUUUACUGGUUGGUGGGCCAGUAUAGCACUGACAUCUCGUCUCUGUCUUACCACUGCGGCAUCCUGCGAGGAUUCGAAGCUCUGGGUCAAACAGUUGCUUGGGCCAUGCAAUCGCACGAUGGUAACCACUUUGUCAGUAUUGGCCUCAACUUCGGAAUUACCCUCCUCUGCGUCAUUCCUACGUGGAUCGUUCUGUCGGAACUUGAGCACAGCCAUGAAGUUAAAGUCGUCGCUGAAGACGGUGCGAAAACCACCGAAGAGAAUGCUCCAUGA